AUGAUGGACUCAUCGCCUCAAUCCAAGAACCCGGAGCCCACCCUUCCCAUGGCCGGUACCAAGCGUCCCGCUCCGAGCCUUCUACCGGCAUUCGAACCUCUGUCUUCUUCUCCGGGCUUCCCUCGACCUUCUAAGCGGCAAGCUCGCCCCGGUUCCAUGGGAGGAAACAAUGCCUAUCUCAAGUAUCCUACACCAAUUCCGACCUCGAGCACCGGUAUUCUCUCUUCUUCUCCACCCCGCGUUCAUCAGCGCCCCGGUGGGCCCUCCCGAGCCGCUUCUACCACUUCGGAGCGUACACCACUCGGUGCCGUUGCUUCAAUUGAGCUCAAUGAGAACGGCGAUACUCUCCUAAUGGGCCGCUCUAGCAACUCGUCCCAUUACCAGCUCUCCGCUAACCGCCUCGUGUCUCGUGUGCACGUCAAGGCACGCUACGUGCCCGCUCCUUCGGCCCUGGAGCCGAACAAAAUGGAGAUUGUGUGCAACGGCUGGAACGGGUUGAAAUUGCACAGCCAGGGCAAAACGUGGGAACUCCAAAAGGGCGAUUCAUUCACCUCUGAGACCGAAGGUAGCGAAAUCAUGCUUGACGUCCAGGAUGCUCGUGUCAUGAUCCUUUGGCCGAAGCGGGAUCAGCGUACCCGGCUUGCCAGCCCCGAGUCUUCGUGGGACGGCUCCCCGCCCCGAUCCAAUGCUCGCGCGGCGGCUGCCAACCUACUGCAAUCGAGCCCUCUGCGCCAUACCUCGCGAAUCGAGUCUCCGGAUUCUCCCACGCCUGCACAUAUGACCAGCUCCCAGCGCCUGCAAGCUCUCCUCCCGACUGAUGAUGGAGAAGUCCACAUCUAUGAAGAUUCGAGCGCAGACGAGCCGGAGCUUCCCAAGCUUGCUGAUUCGAGUGCCAAGAUUGGCCAGAGCUUUGCGACCGAGGUGACCAACUCAUUCUCAUCUGACCUUAGCGAGCCAGAGGACAAUGAUCCUGACGAGGAGAAUGACCCCAUUGUCCACUCUUUUGGCCCAUUUGGAGCUGACAUCUCCAACCGCCUUGCCUCCGUUCUGGCAUCAUCCCCUAAAUAUCCGUCUUCCAAACAGUCACGUCUGCCUACGCUCCAUGACGAGUCUAACCCUUCCAGCCCGAUUUCGGCACCGCUGAAGUCGCCUGAGGAGAAGAAGCCGAGGGAGCCUCCUUAUGAGAAUCCUGCCGUGCGCAACCAUGUCGUCAACCAGCUCGCCUUCUCCCGUCUGUCGUCAAACCCGCUCUCAGCCAUUAUGAAUAACCUCCCAACGGAACAGAAGAAGGGUCUCGCAAAGGAACAGCUUCGAAGCCUUCUGGAGAACACAGCUUGCAUCGGUAUCAUCCGACGCCAGGGUAAAGAUGCUGCUGGCAAACCACUUGAGAGCGAGUACUAUUAUGUUCCUGAGGCCGACGAUGAUGAGCAACGCCGAUUCGCCGUCACCGAUGGCCUGCGGAAGCCUAGUCUGAGAGCCUGCCGAAAGCAGCACAAGCAAUAUUAUUGGAAACGCCCGCGCACACCUUGA